AUGCUGGCUACCGCGGAGGAGACGAUGACCCCGCCAGACGAGCUCCUACCCGGACAACUGAUCGCGCGAGCCAUCAAAGCCGCGGGCAAUAACCUCUAUGCGGUGGAAUUACCUUCGAAAGAUUCAAUUCUCGUCGAACUACCCUCCCGGUUUCGUUCCACCAUCUGGAUUAAGCGGGGAUCCUACGUGGUGAUCGACACCAAUGCUCUGGAGGGCCGAGACAACAAGAUCAGCGGCGAGAUUAUUAACAUUGUUCGCGAUGAAAAAGCCUGGCGCAAAGCUCCCUACUGGCCGAAAGAAUUCGUUAGGCAAGAGACUUGGGUAUCAUCAGAUGAUGAGGACGAUUCCAACGUGGGCAAAUUGCCCCCGUCAGAUGACUCGGAUGCAUGA